AGUUCGCGGGGCCGCCAUGAGCGCGGCCCGGCCCGGCCUGCGGCGGCUGCGCUCGGCCGGGGGCACCGGGGGGAGCCAGCUCCAGCGCACGCCCGCGGUGCCGAGGCAGAGCAGGAGGAGGAAGAGCGUGGCCAUUGCCUAUGAAGCAGGGCAGGGCGAGGGGGCCGAGGCGCGCUGGGAGCCGCCGCGCUGGCGGGAGCAGCUGCAGCGCAUCCGCCAGAUGAGGAGCAGCAGGGAUGCUCCCGUGGAUGAGAUGGGAGUGCACAGGUGCUACGACACCAGCGCGCCUCCAGAGGUGAGGCGGUACCAGGUGCUGCUGGCCCUGAUGCUGUCCAGCCAGACCAAGGACCAGGUGACGAGCGCUGCCAUGCUGCGCCUGCGCCGGCGCGGCCUCACCGUGGACAGCGUGCUGCAGAUGGAUGAGGAGAGCCUGGGCCACAUCAUCUACCCCGUGGGCUUCUGGAGGAACAAGGUGAAGUACAUCAAGCAGACCACGGCCAUCCUGAAGCAGAAAUAUGGAGGGGACAUCCCGAGCACUGUGGAGGAGCUGGUGCAGCUGCCAGGAGUUGGGCCCAAAAUGGCUCAUCUGGCCAUGCACAUAGCCUGGGACAGCGUGGCUGGGAUAGCUGUGGACACCCACGUGCACAGGAUCUCCAACAGGCUCCAGUGGGUGAAGAAGGAGACCAAGAGCCCCGAGCAGACUCGGGUGGCACUGGAGGAGUGGCUGCCCAGGGACCUCUGGAAGGAGAUCAACUGGCUCCUGGUGGGCUUUGGGCAGCAGACCUGCCUGCCUGUGAGCCCUCGCUGCAGCCAGUGCCUCAACCAAGACAUCUGCCCUGCUGCCAGGAGACCCUGAGGGACCAUCCAGCCCUGGCAGAGCCACAGAGCUGCUUGGGCUGAGCCCUGC